GAAGAAGAAGAAGUGGAAGAAAUAAGAAUAUAAAGGGGAAUAGGGACAUCUUAUUUUUCACAAGCAUAAGGACUUUUACUUUCUAAGUUAACCAACCAACUGGGUGAAAAACCUGAUGUUUUUCUUUGAGCAACAUGGCGCCUGACGGUCCAGAUGCAUCAGAGUACUUUUGCUGUGUGGAGAAAGUAUCUGUGAACUCCAGCAGUAACGUCAGUGAGCCAUUGGAGGGACGGAAGUUUGCAAUACGGCGCUAGUCUGCAUAGUUUGGGUGGAGAAAAAAAUUCUGACAUUUUGUUAAAAUGUCUAACGUCCAGGUGCUGAGAGAGUUGGUGAAGCAGCGACUAACCGCGGCUGCUGAAGAGAUAUUUGGGCUGUUUGACAGAACGAUAGCAGAGUAUGAAGAGGAACUUUCUCGAUCAAAAGAGGAGAACGAGCGGCAGCAGAAACUCCUGGAUGCUGUUUUAAACCCUCAGCUUCGGUUACACAGAGCAGAUGCCCAGCAGCUGUUGCUCUCGGUGGUGAAAGAAGAGGGUCCUACUGAGCAGCAAGAGGGGAGCCUGAGUCAGGAGCCAGAGACCCCACACAUUAAAGAAGAACAGGAGGGAGAGCAGCUUCAAGGACUGGAGGAGGCUGAUAUCAAGUUGACAUUCCCUGUGAAGAGUGAAGAUGAUGAUGAGGAGAAAGCUCAGUCCUCACAGCUUCAUGAAAGCCAAACUGAGGAGAACAGAGAGGCAGAGCAGUUAAAAACAGGAGCUGAUGGAGAGGGCUGUGGAGGACCAGUACCAGCCGGGAAAUCAAGCCCAGAUAGUCCUCUGCAACAGCCAGCUAUUCAUGACAAGACUUUACACUCCUCUGAAUCUGAGACUGAUGACAGUAGAGAUUGGGAGGAGACUAAACAACAUCAGUCACAUUUAAACCCUCUGCAAAACAAUGAAGUAUCUAGAAGUGAUGUGGAAUGUAAUACUGGAAAAACAUCAGUUAGCUCCUCUAAAUGUACUAGAAGCUCUGGCGGUAAGGGUCAUCUGCAGAAACGUACCAAUAGCAAUUUGGUUAAACACAUCAAAAUCCAUACUGGAGAGAAACCAUUUAGUUGUUCAGUUUGUUGUAAAAAAUUCACUCAGAAGGGACAUUUGAUACGACACUCGAUUAUCCACACAGGGGAGAAACCAUUUAGUUGUUCAAUUUGUGGUAAAGGGUUCACACAAAGGUCACUACUUAUUAAGGCUGCCUUAAUAGUUAAACAUUUGCACAGAAGGAAACUUUGA